ACUCAUGUCUGACUUAUUUCCUACCAUUUCAACUUCUUGCUUUUUAACUGCAGUUUGUGAAAUUGUGAAAAUUGCACAUUCAUAUAUGCCGAUCAGAGGUUCCUCUUCGUUACUUCUUUCUCUUUCUUUGCAGCUCAGGGAUGACUUGUAUCGAUUACCAGCAAAGAGGUUUGGAACCACCAGCAAACUCCAUGACACAGUAACUCUGGCUUAGAGUGAACAGCUCCGGUGGUUUCAUCCAGAUGGGUGGAACUGUGCAGCUGCAGACAAACGAAUGAUUGAGCGUGGAGCUGGACAUUCAUCAUUCUCAGGGGAAGGACCUUCGGUGUAUUCAAGAUGUGUUUUCCUGUGCACCUGUCCUGCAGCGGGGUCCAGCUGCUUCACACUGAUACCAUGCUGAUGUUGGCGGCUGCUGGUUUAUUGUUCUCUCUCCAACACAAAGCAGCCUGUAGGCACAGUCACAGACUCUCUGAAACAGCAAGGAUAUUGUGGUGAGUGGCCAGUAUACUCAUUUAUAAUCUUUUUUUUUUUUGGGAAGUCUAACUGUGCCAAAAAAAACCCAUCCCUAUGAAAUAAAAGUGGAUUUAUAUCUGAUUUUAGAGUGGAGAUGCACGUUUGAUAUUCUCCUCCUGUAGGACUUGGUGUGUCCACCCCCAGAGGAAGAGAUUCCAGUCACACAUGUGACUUUGGAGAAAGAAGAAAAGGAGUAUUAGUAAUGAUGAUAUGAGGUCACUGCCUGACUGGUCUUGUCUGAACUGGAUCCCCCCCCCCCCUCAAGCAACAGUUACCUUAAGGGGAAUUAACAUAUUCAUGCCUUGAGCCAACUAUGUUCAGAUAAAAGGAUAAGCCCUGGUGGAGUGGAUGGUGGCGCAGUGAUCAAAAUGACUCAGAUUUCUGCAGGAAUAGACGCUGUUGGGGACUUAUUGUGUGUAUUUUUCCAACCUUUGACACAUGUCUGACUUUGAGGGACAGCUAAUCUCCUCUUUGGGAACCUGCUUGUGACUCAUUCAGUAUCCUGGGUCCGUCCUGUCCCUCCGCCUGCCGGACCGCAGGGACCACACUUCAUUCUGGGAAACUUACGCGUCUGGAGCGCAGCGACAACCUGCUGGACCGGAUCCUAAAGUCAUUGAGAGGAAAGGACGCUACCUCUGCCUCUCUGGGACAUAAAAAAAAAACAACAAAAACAAACAAACAUGCGAAACCUAAAUAAGGGUGUCUCAGUCGAUGCCCACAAACUCAAACAGGGAACUCCCUCGACGCGUCCGGGCUGUUUCUUCGCUGAGCGCAACUCAUCCAGCAUCCGUGAUCAUGACUUCGGCUCUGCCCGCCUCCAAGGCUCUCUACAUCGGGAUGGAGGUGGUGAUCGCCGUGUCCUCGGUCAUCGGGAACGUGAUGGUGGUCUGGGCUGUGCGCAUUAACCGAUCAUUGAGAGACACCACGUUUUGUUUCAUCGUCUCCCUGGCCUUGGCUGACAUUGCGGUCGGGGCUCUUGUCAUCCCGCUCGCCAUAACCAUCAGCAUCGGACUCCAGACGCACUUCUACAGUUGCCUGCUGGUCGCCUGCACAGUGCUCGUCCUCACGCAAAGUUCAAUCCUGGCGCUGCUGGCCAUCGCCAUCGACCGCUAUCUGAGAGUCAAAAUACCGAUGAGCUACAAGCGGGUGGUGACCCCUCGGCGAGCCGGCACGGCAGUGCUGUUGUGUUGGCUGGUGUCCAUCAUUGUGGGCCUCACGCCCAUGUUGGGCUGGAACAACCUGCAGCGUCUCCGGGACAACGGCUCCCUGAUCACCGAUGACCUCGUGGUGACUUGUGAGUUUGAGACGAUCAUCAGCAUGGACUACAUGGUCUACUUCAACUUCUUUGGCUGGGUGCUGCCCCCUCUGCUGCUCAUGCUCGCCAUCUAUGUUGAGAUUUUCUACAUGAUCCACAAGCAGCUCAACAAAAAGGUGACAGCAAGCCACACCGACCCCAGUCGGUACUUUGGGAAGGAGCUUAAGUUGGCUAAGUCGCUCGCACUCGUUCUCUUCCUCUUCGCAGUCAGCUGGCUCCCUCUUCACAUCCUUAACUGCAUCACCCUCUUCUGCCCAGACUGCAACAAACCAAUGUUCCUCAUUUACAUCGCUAUCAUCCUCACCCACGGCAACUCGGCGGUCAACCCAAUCAUCUACGCUUUCCGCAUCAAGAAGUUCCGCACAGCUUUCCGGAAAAUCUGGAAACAGUAUGUGCUCUGUCAGGAUCCAGUUGGUCGUCUUCCCCAGAGAGGCAGCCAGAGAGGACAGAGUCAUGAGCGGCGGCUCAGGCAGAAUGACGAUGAUGAUGAUGAUGUGUGACCUUUGGCAACUAAUUGGAUUUGCUGUGUAACUGUCAAGUUUCACUACAAUUACUGGCUAAAAGGAGAAGACUUUUUUUUUGUUGUCAUGUACAAAGGUUUACUGGUCAAAAUGGCCUUAAUGCCAUCAAAGGAAUGAUCUGUUUUCAUCCAACAUGCUCUGAGAGGACAGGAUUACAAAUCAGCAUGGAGGACCUAAAUCAGACUGAUUCAGAUGAGACUGACUUCUCCACUGGCUGACAAAACAAUGACGAUGUCAUAUGGGAAAAAGGGGCUUCUUACCAGUUUCAACACCAACCUGUUGGACUUGAAUCAAUAAGUGUAUAUUUGUAGCACAUGUGGUACAAUAGUAGUGUAUGCUGUACUGUCUGACCUAAAUUAAAUCUCAUUGCCUUUUCCAUGUGAAUGAGCUCAAAUAUUUAUCCUGUUAUGUGCUACAUCAACAUACUUCGUUCUGUGGCCUUAUGGACAGUAAACUGAGGAACUGAGGCAAACUUGUGUCGGAUUGUGGAAAACCAGUGGUGGGCAAACUGGAAGUUUGUCAAACCAGCUUGGUGCCAUGAGAAGAACCAGGAUGUGAGAUGUUAUUCUACCUGCAUGGAGGAGAACAUGUAAAACUGGAACCCAGGAUCUCCGGUGAAGCUCCGGUUUACUAACGGCAAAGUCACACAUUAACUCAUCAAAGUUUCGUCCUGUGUGGAGCGUCGCCACAUGUGAAGGUUGUGCUUUUUACCUUUCUGAGACCAUUUGACUGACAAAAUAACUAAUACUAGCUAAUAGUCGUAGCUGAAAAGAGCAGCAAAAUUACUUGAUUGCUUCUCAUGAAAUACUUGUGAACAUGUACAAUGCAUAAACACCACAGAUCCAGCUAUAGUAACCAUAUAACUGUAGCCACAUCAGUAUUUUUUAAAUGGAGAACUGUGAAUCUAAGGCAUGCUGGAGCUCCUCCAUCCACUAAGCUCCAUUUGAUCUUAUCAUUUUAACCUUGUAAUGUACCUCUACUGCACAUGUAUCACUGGUUCCUUUACUUACAGGUGUUUUUAACCCUUUCAAACUUGUAAUCCUGAUUCUUUGUGAGACAGACUGGCGAGUGUAGCAUCAUCACAUCUUCUCAAUUUUGUUGCAGAGCUGACUUAAAGUGUUGGCCUUUAAACUGAAUGAUAUUUGACUUGAUAGAUACGUGUUGAGAUGGGACUGCUGCCACCAAUAAAUCGUGUAGUAUGUAACUAAUAUAUGUAUAAAUGUCGAUGGAAGACAUCGUCUGAAAUUGAUCUCAUAUCUGACGUCCUCUUACAGCUGAGUGAAGAGACAGAAAUGUAAGCAAAAAUGUGAAAAUUGUGCUUCUUUUGGACAUGGAUUUUUCUUCUCCAUUUUCUACAUGCUUCUCUGUUUCGAUGCUAUCAAUGGCGAGAGACCUUUUUUGUCUUCAUUAGUCAUUGAUUUCUGUCAGAGAGCAGCUACAUGUGGGAAUAACAGAGAAGGUUGUGAAGGAGUCCAGGGUGAAGUGACAAACUCAUCAAGAGUUUACAUGUCUGAGGAGGUCACAACCGAAAGCACCCUCACAUAUGAUUUUCUACAGUGUUGUAACAUGUACAGUACACACACAGACACACACACGUCUUCGUCAGACAAGUGUACUCACUGCAUAUCUGACGCUGCUGCUCUUGUAUUGGUGUUUCCAUGUGACUAUUUUCUUACUCUGUGUCCAUGUGAAGUGCUUUUAAAGCCACUAUGUGUAUAAUUUAGUUUAUAUUAUUAAACAUGUAAUUCCAAUGGAAUUCAGAGGAUCCAUUCAAAUGUUUCUGCAUCAAGGGUAAAUUUUGGUGCCAUGAGUUUGCAUCGUGGACCUACAGAGAACCGGAAACUGUGAAAUAGAGGAAGCAGUUGUAGCUUAUUAGCUGCCUUCACUUUCACUGACAAGUUCCUGUCAGAUCAAUGGUUUCCUGUCAUGAGGCAAGAGUCAAAAGUACAAAUAGAUCUUUUUAAUAAACUGUGUGAAGCUUUUUUUUUUGUUAACUCACUGUUAGAAAGCUUCUGAGCUCACUGAAUAAUUUUGGUUAGUUUGUUAUUUUUUAAUAAAAUGGUGUGAAAAAGUGAACAAAACGCUGUGGGGAAGUAAAUACACUGAUCUGGAGGGAAUGGAGUAAAAAAUGGCAGGAGCUAUUAUAUCUGACAGGCCAACUAGUGAGUCAGUUUAGUCCAAAUCUAUCAACCAACCAGUCCUGCAAUGCAAAAUUUUAGCUUUUGUGUGAACCAGCGAGUGUCAUUUUUGUGGCUUGACUUGUGUUUAUUAUUCCCUGCUGCUUACUUGUUUUUAAAUUCUAUACAUAGUGGCUUUAGGUUUUAAUCUGUUUACUUACUACUGAACCAGUGUGAUCAAUUGAACAUGAUUUGUGCAAUAUUCUCAGAUGUACAUUAACAAUAUCAGAAGAAUAUCUAUAGCUUAGAUAUUGUACAUGUAGAUGCUGUUAAUCAGAAAUCAAGUGCUGGAGGCUCAGAGCAGAAUGCGCUAUUAUGACGAGCUGUUUUGUUAAUAUCUAACUAUAAAGGAAUAAAUGGGUCAAUACGUGGAGUCAAA